UUGAGGAAGAUUUUGGGAGAUUUGGAGGGAAUUUUGAAGGGGUUUUGGGGGAAUUUAGAGACAUUUUAGAGGGAUUUGGGCGAUUUUUGGGAAGUUUUGGGGGGAUUUUAGUGGGAUUUUGGGGAGAAUUUGGGUGAUUUUGGGGAGAAUUUAUUGGGGUGAUUUUUUGGGGCGAUCCCAGCUCAAUCCUUUUUUUUUUUUUUUCCCAGAAAAACAGAUCAGUGGCCCCAAAAACUGAUCAUGCAGCUGAUCCCACAGCAGCUCCUGACCACCCUGGGGCCCCUUUUCCGGAAUUCCCGAAUGGUUCAGUUCCACUUCACCAACAAGGACCUGGAGUCGCUCAAGGGGCUCUACAGGAUCAUGGGCAACGGCUUCGCCGGCUGCGUGCACUUCCCGCACACGUCCCCGUGCGAGGUGCGGGUGCUGAUGCUCCUCUACUCGUCCAAGAAGAAAAUCUUCAUGGGGCUCAUCCCCAACGACCAGAGCGGCUUCGUCAACGGCAUCCGCCAGGUCAUCACCAACCACAAGCAGGUGCAGCAGCACAAGAUGGACCAGCAGCGCGGGCUGGGGGGUUCAGCCCCUGUUCCUGGGGCUCCCCAGUUCCUGCCCAAGCAGCCGGGGACGCUCCCCGUGACCUCAGGGGUGCAGCCGCAGGUGAGCCCAGGCCUGGCGCAGGUUGGGAUCAUGGAGGAGCAGCAGCGACAGCAGAGCCUGUUACAACUCCGGGCUCAGCAGCAACAACCGCAGCCCCCCCAGGCCCCCCCAGCUGCCCCCGCACCCCCCCCAGCCCCCCAAAAUCCGGGACCCCCCCAGGCCGGACCCCCCCAACCCACCCAGGCUGGGGGGGGGGCUUUGCUGCGCCCCCAAAAUCCGGGAGCCAACCCCCAACUUCGGAGCCUCCUGCUCAGCCAGCAGCCGCCCCAAGGUGGGGUCCCCCCCCCGGCGCAGCCCCUGCACCACCUGCAGCCCCCCCCGGGGCCCCCCCAGACUCAGCCCCUGUUGCCCCCUCCCCACCAAACCCUGGGGGGAGGGGGGGGGCAGCUCCCCCUCCUGCAUCCCCCCCCAGGUCAACCCUGGCCGGGGCAGCUGGGGGGGCCCCGAGCCCCAAUUCCAGGGCAGAUGCUGCUGCCCCCCGGCCCAAGGGGCCCCGUCCCCCCGGGGGGGCUCCAGCCCGUGCAGACCCCCAGCGUGAUGGAGGAGGACAUCCUGAUGGACCUCAUCUGAGGGGAGACCCCAAAAUCUGGGACUGGGAACCCCAAAAAUCACCCCAAGAGCCCAAAAUACCCUUCAAAAAUCUCCAAAAUAACCCCAAAACCACCAAGGGACCCCCAAAAUCAGGGGUCUGCAGACCCCCGGGGU